AUUUCUCACACUACUGCUGAUCUUUCAAACUGAUAAUCACACUCACCCGCGGGAACAGGCACCUUGAUCUCGUCUCAGCCAGAUGAAGGACGGUCUCACUACGCACGUCGUGCUGGCCGCCGGGCCAAAUCUACUGGGCACGUUUUUCAAGCACUACCUCACGUCUGGCAAGAACCGCGAAGAUGCCGACGGCAAGGAUACGGCGCGCAUGCAGCUGAUGUACGACGAGGUAUUUGAGCUGGUACAACGGGUCCUCUACAUCUCGACUCUCCACACGGCCGACUCACUGCAGAAGCUCUGCCAGCAGCGCACCCCGGUCCCGCCAUGGGUGGCAAUGCACCGCGUCUGCAUUCCGCAAAUCACCUCGAAACGAGCGGCAGAGGCGCUAGUGACCGCCCUUGGCGGGCCAGAGAUGGCGUUCAAGGUCGCUGGUGGAACUAAGUGGUGGCAGGUGCGCGCAGGUAACGGUGUCGAGUGCGAGUGGCUCGCAAUGAAGAAGCAUUACACGGAGAAGAAGGAUCGAGUACCGGACGACGGUGACUGCGGCUUCGUGCCGGAGAUGGACCGCUUGCGAUGCAUGCUGUUCGUGCACGGCGGAGGGUAUUAUUGCGGCUCCAUAAACACACAUCACUACUUCAUUUGGCGGCUGGCCAAGAAGAUACGCGGGCGCGUGCUGGCCGUUAACUACCGAAUGGCUCCGCAAUACCCUUUCCCUUGCGCGAUCCAGGACGUCCUGGCUUCUUACAUGUACCUCAUCGACCCUCCAGAAGGCGCCGCACACCGUCCGGUUGAUCCCAAGAAUAUUAUAGUAGCGGGCGACUCGGCGGGCGGCGGUCUCUCCCUUGUCUUGCUCCAGAUCCUGCGCGACCUAAACCUGCCGCUCCCGGGCGGGUCGAUCCUGAUGAGCCCAUGGUGCGACCUGACCCAUAGUUUUCCAAGCGUGCUCUCGAACACCAAGACAGACGUCAUUCCCCCGUAUAGCUUCAUUCAUAAACCGUCAAGUCUGUGGCCCCCUCCUCCAGCAGACAUGACGCAUUCAAUGCAAACGAGCAUUGUAUCGAGAGUGCGCCAUGCCGUUCACGGCGAACGUGAGCAAAACGUUGAUGGGCCCGGUUCGCAAGCGCCGGUGGGCGAGACCGCAAUCCGUACCUCUGACCCGCGCGAUCUCGCCAAGCUGCGUCCGUUCCUUGAGGACUUUGCGGCGCGCAAGGGCGCCGAAACGAGCAUAAUCAACCCGGCAGACAAGUUUGCGCAGCUCGCACCACGAGGCCAGCUAGGCCCUACGACGCUGGCGAGCGGCGAUAACUCACUACGCACGAAGUUGGACGACAAGGAUAUCAUGAUCGACACGCAGAUCCAGCUCUACGCCACGAACGCGCAACUGUGUCAUCCAUAUGUCUCCCCUGUGCUGGGCUACUUCGGCGGACUACCACCGAUGCUUGUGAUUGCGGGGGACAGUGAGGUGCUGCGAGACGAGGUCAUCUACCUUGCACACAAGGCCGCCAACCCAAGCGCAUAUCCAGUUCGCGAGGAUGUGCGGGCAAUGAUGCCACAUUGGGACGGGAUAGAGGGGCGGCACCAGCCCACCGACGUGCAUCUGCAGGUCUACGAUGGCGUUGGUCAUGACAUCCCGCUCUUCUGCAUGACGAAGCCGGGUCACUGUGCCGUGCGCGCAAUUGGCGCGUUCGCGCGCUGGGUGACCCCGGAUGCCCCCGGCUCGCUCCCAGCGACUGCGGCCGGGACCGGUGUGCCGGGGUCUGGCGAGUCCAGCAGCGACCCGUCGCCCGUUGCCGGAUUGUCGCUUGUCGGAACGCCGCGGGAAGGCCCGCCGGUGGAUGGGACAGAACGUCUCCGGGAGGAUCAUCGCCACAGCCUCGGAUACAUUGUGUCAGAGGCGCCAUUGCAGGAGGGGUCUACGCCAAACUCCAUGGAUUAUGUCGAUGCCCGUCUGCAUGAGUUGAGACUCGAGGGCGAAGGGGCAUCGACUUCACCGUCCAGUUCCAAGCGGCCAAGCAGGCAGAUGUCGUGGGGCGGUCUACCGAAGGCCAGCCCAGGCCGAGCAGGAUGGCCGGGAAUAUAUGACGGUCCAAAUCCCUUCACGGACCAUAUGAUCCGGGAGCGUGUGGAUCGCGUUGGGGCGUGCCGUCCUCUUGAGCCCGAGUCUCAGCUCAGCGCAAUGACCAUGCCGGCCGCGGAGAUCGGGAUGAUCAAAACGGCCGCUGUGAUGCGGUAUCUCGAAGGCCAGGCGAAGUGGGACCACAAGUUCGCAGGAUCAUUUAAGCGCGUGGCGCGGCAUCGCGCACGCAACCUGAAGCGGGCUGACAAGGACGCGCCAAAAAUUGCGGAGCGAUGGCGGAGGGGCAGUCCGUCAAACCUCCGUCCCAGUCGGGAAGCCACGCCGCGUACGUCACCCGAAAGCACGCCGGAGGGCACCCCGCGUGGCAGCAUGAGCUCGGAGGAGGAUCUGUACGACGUAGGGUUCGUGGCGGUGGACGAGACGUGGGCGUGGGGCUGGGCGCUGGAGGAUGAGCGCCCGCCGCCUUCAGCUAUCGUGUCGCGCCGCGACCUGCCCGAGGGGCGUGCGCUUGCGCUCCUAGCCGACCGGAUUGACGCUCCGGGGGACAGCGAGCUCAACCUGCUCAGUGUGUGGGUUAUACUCGCGCAGCUGUUCUCGACUGGCGAGAAGGAGGGGGUGGAGGAGGCGAGGUAUAUGCGCGACAAGGCGCGCGCGCGAAAGGGGAAGGGCAAGUGGCGGUUGUUUGGCCGGGACAAGGGGAAGAACGAGGGCAAGGAGACGGAGGACAUGGAGAGGGGCACAGAAAGUAGCACCAGAGAGGGAUGA